GGUCACUUGUAUGGGGCCCUCGUUUUUCCUCUCUUGGCUUUAUACAUAUCAUACCUGGGACCUCCUUGCGCUCCUCUGCCCUCGCCACCCGCUGUACUACUAUCUUCCUCGGCGACACGCUUUCACAAGUCGCCGCCUCCGCACAGACACCUAGCCAUCCCUCGCGGACGUACGUAAUACGGUAACACGACCAACACCCUCCUUGACCCUGGAAUUUGUAUCACAUUUCGCAUCCCGUUAACAACAACUCUUAUCCCGAGUCUUAGCAACAAUGGCAGCCACCAACGCCCAGAUAUAUCAACAGUCUCAGAUGCCCAUGCCUAUGCCCAUGCCUAUGCCCACCCCGUCUCUCAACCCCAACAUCAACUCGGCCCCAACUCCAGGCCCAAAUGCCAUGAGCGUCUACGACGACUGUCAGAGCCCGCUUGAUACCAGUGUCAGUGGCAUGUAUCCUGGAGAUAGAGGAAGCCGUGUCGUCAGCCAACCUGCUCCUUUAUUAGAUCAGUCCCACCUACGACCGGGCAAUCAGGCCAACCUUCUCUCUCAUGACCGCACUAUUGAACUGUACCGCGAAAAUGCCAAAAAGACGAACGAUCCCGAACUCAUAUUCGAGUUCUCUGCGUUCAUGAUCGAUGCGGCCAAAGCGAUGAUUCCUCCUGAGCAGGAAAAUGACACCAACCCUUCGCCUGCGGUCAUAAAACAAAUGGAAAAACGAGAAGAGAUUAUCAAGGAGGCUACAUCGUUACUUAAACGAUUAGCCGAUAGGGGUUUCCCAGACGCCCAGUACUUUUUGGCCGACUGUUAUGCCAAUGGGAUUGGUACAGCGAGAGGCAAGCAAGACUUUGACAGGGCAUUCCCCCUCUUUAUUCUUGCUGCCAAACACGGCCAUCCGGAUGCUUGCUACAGAGCUGGAACAUGUUGUGAGCAUGGAUGGGGGUGUAGGAGGGAUAGUGCAAAGGCCGUUUCCUUUUACAAGAAAGCCGCAGUCGGUCUCCACCCUGGGGCAAUGUACCGACUUGGCACUGCUGAACUCAAUGGCGCUCUUGGAUUCCCCCGUCGCCCAAAGGAAGGUGUCAAAUGGCUCAAGCGAUCCGCGGAACACGCCACUGAAGAAUUCCCUCACGCCCUUCAUGAACUCGCCCUUUUGCAUGAAAGAGGUAUUGAAAAUGUUGUUUUCGUAGACAAUGAUUAUGCUGCUGAGCUUCUCGCUCAAAGCGCAGAGCUGGGAUAUGCUCCGAGCGCUUUCAAGCUGGGAGAGUGUUACGAAUACGGCAAGAUGGGAUGCCCUGUCGAUCCUGCCUUGUCUAUCCACUACUAUAACAUUUCUGCCCAGCAAAAUCACAAAGAUGCCUGUUUCGCCCUCACAGCAUGGUACCUCGUCGGUUCGCCCGGUGUCCUCCCACAAUCAGAUACAGAAGCCUACCUCUGGGCUAAGAAAGCGGCCGAGCUAGGAUUGGCCAAGGCGCAGUAUGCCGUUGGAUACUUUACCGAGACUGGUAUAGGAAUAGAAGCCAACCCUCAAGCCGCACUUACAUGGUACAAAAAAGCAGCUGAGGGAGGUGAUAAACGUGCUGCAAAGAGAUUGGCUACUGGAUCCAGGAGUUCAGCACUAGAUAGGAGAUUAGAAAUGGAGGCUUUGAAGGAAGAAAAGAGAUUGGGAGCCGCAGACCUUGCGCAAAGGUCCGGCAGCGGCAGUGGUGCAAGUGGAAAGGAUGGGAAGGACGGGUGUUUGAUCAUGUAAAUUUGGCGCGAGCACUGGAGGGCUCUUUGUUUGUUGAAGUGGGUAUUGGGUGGCUGGAAACCCUCAGAGGCGAGGGUCAGUGUAGCAAAAAAGUUCUUUGAAAACCCGCACGAUAGACACGAAACUUUGCGACUUCAGACUGUAGAGCAGUGUGGGGUUAUUGUGAUACUUACAUAUAUAUACCCGUAUUUGGAUUUCUCUGUUCUCCAAUGACGAUUAGACGAUAAGAUUAUUUUAGUAAAUCUAUUCAAAAAGUGGAUUGUUAGAGAUUAGGCUUUGCAUCUUGGACAAUUGAUUCUCUACACUUUGACGACGACCUUGGUUCUUCGUCCCAGUUAAUUA